AUGUAUUUGACGUUGUCAAGCCAUUGGAUGUUUGGGAUGAAUGAAAUGGAAUGUGGUGAUCAGGUUACUAUUACUGUUAUCCUAAGGCAGAAACCGUAUGAUAUUGGUAGUGCAGUUACAAAGCAGUGUGGGGUGAGUUUUGUGUAUGAUGAUGGAAAGGAAGAAGAAGAAGAUGUGUUGGGUUAUUACAAAUCAUGGAAUCACAUCAUUGGUGGAGAUCUCACUGGAUUUCAGUCAACCACCGGAGAAUACAUCCUAAACAAAAUUCGAAUUGUGCUGCCUUAUGUUGAUAUGGAUAUACCAAAAUAUGACAGUUUGUGUGGAGAAGGUGCCUGUUUUAAAGAUGAGGUGCAGUUCAGAGCUUUCUCUUAA